AUGAGCGGACUCAGCGGGUUGAACAAGACCUCUGGCGGUAUUGUCGUUGCCGCCAUCCAAUCGCAGCUGUUCCGCGUCGACACUCCCGAAGACCUUUCGAAGGCCACAAACCAUGUCUGUAACCUAGUUCGUCGUGCGAAACGGGAAUAUCCUGCCGUCGACCUGGUGCUUUUCCCGGAGUAUUGCAUCCAUGGCUUGUCGAUGUCAACAGACCAGAGUAUCAUGUGCACCCUUGAUGGACCAGAAGUGGCAGCAUUCCGAAAUGUAUGCGCCGAAGAGCAAGUCUGGGGCGUCUUCAGCAUCAUGGAGAAGAACGAGCGCUCAGAGAAUGCAAUGCCGUGGAAUAUAGGCAUUACCUUCGACUCGAGCGGCAACCUAGUCAAUUACUACCGGAAGGUACACCCUUGGGUGCCCGUAGAGCCCUGGUAUCCUGGCAACCAAGGACUAUCGGUCUUUACUGGGCCUGGUGGUAUGAAAAUGUCUCUGAUCAUCUGCCACGAUGGCAUGUUCCCCGAAAUGGCGCGCGAGGCUGCAUAUCUUGGAGCCGAGCUGCUUUUACGCACGGCAGGAUACACCUCGCCCAUCAAAAGUAGCUGGGAAAUCACCAAUCGUGCCAACGCCUUUACCAACCUCAUGUAUACGGUCAGUGUGGCGUUGGCAGGAGCCGAUUCUACAUGGCGAAGCAUGGGCCAAGCCAUGUUCGUUGAUCCGGAAGGGAAUAUAUUGGAGCGUGGAGAUGGAACUGCUGACCACGUCGUCGCUUGUGAGAUUCGACCCGAGGAAGUGCGGCGACGCCGCCGCGAAUGGGGUGUCGAGAACAAUCUCUACCAACUGGGCCACCGUGGAUAUGUGGCAGUGAACGAUGGGGCUCGCGACUGUCCGUACACAUACAUGAAGGAUCUGGUCAAAGGACACUAUGAGACAGCUGAAAAUGAAGACGUCAAAAUCAAAGACGGAACAUUCUGCGGCUUCCCACCAGCAACGGCAAACUACCAAGUCGAAAAAAUAACUUAA